AUGAUAAUUCUUUCAUAUAACUUAAGGGGUGGUGGGAAUCAGACAAAACGUAAGAGAGUCGACUUUUUAAUUCAAAAAAGUGACGUUGAUCUUUGCUUCAUUCAAGAAACAAAAUUAAGUGGAAUAGGAUUGAAUUUAGUCAAAGAGAUGUGGGGAGAUGUUGAUGUUGAAUGGUCCUAUUUGGAUGCUAAUGGAGCUUCGAGUGGUAUUCUCACCAUGUGGAAAAAAGAAUUCUUUUUUCUAAAUUAUAGUUUUAGAGGUGAAGGAUUUCUUGGACUAUGUGUGGAGAAGGAGGAUGAGAGAAUUGGAGUUCCUAGUAGUGGUAAUAGUAGGGAGAUAAGAUUCUUCAACGAGUUCAUAGAGGAAAUGGACUUGGUGGAUCUUCCUACUAUAGGUGGAAAUUUUACUUGGUUCAAAAGCAACGGGAAGGCGAUGAGUAGGCUAGAUAGAUUUCUAUUAUCGAAGACUUUUGUGGAGGAUUGGAAGGUGGAUGGGCAACAUAUAGGAGAGAGGGAUGUGUCCGAUCAUGCUCCCAUUUGGUUGAAAGAUAAUAGAAAAGAUUGGGGACCUAAAUCGUUCAAGUUUAACAAUAUGUGGUUCAAGCAUGAAGAGUUUGAUAGCUUUGUGGAAUAG